CAGGCUCCCUACCAUUUAGCUGGAAAAGAGGGAUAUGAGAGGUGGUUGUCACAGAUUUUUGACAAGUUUAGCUUUCCAAAUUCGACGCAAGAAAGCUUUCUCCUGGAGAUUUUACUGUCAAAAUGUAUUAUCUGGACCAGAAGGAUCUGAUACAGGCUUUAAUCCGACCAAGAGAGCUCUAGAUCGAGCAGAAAGACAGUUUGAGUUACUUGGUGCAGAAGCCACCUUUCAGGGAUCUGCCCUGAAAUUGGAGGAUGCUCCAAAACUUAGAUUACCUGAGGUUGCCUUUAUUGGAAGGACAAGUGUUGGUAAAUCCUCUCUUAUAAAUGCAUUGUUGAACCAGAAGAAACUUGUCAGGACAUCUAAAAAGCCUGGUCACACACGACUUGUCAAUUUCUUCAACAUUGGUUCAAAGAUGUACCUUGUGGAUCUACCUGGUUAUGGCUAUGUAGCAGGCCUAGGAAGCAAGCGUGGUACUGAGCACUUUGUUAAUGUUGCAGAAUCCUACCUUAAAGAACGGGCUGGGAAAGAGUUAAGAAGUGUUUGUCUCCUUAUUGAUGGAAAAGUUGGAGUCAAGAAAAACGAUCUGAUAGCAUUUGAAAUGAUGGGAGAAUUUGGGGGCCCUUUUCAGGUUGUUCUUACAAAAAUGGACAAGCUUCCCAUAGUAAGGCAUCAAAUGAUGAUAGAAGAAGUUUACAAAAUAAAAGAAGAGUUUGGACUGAACAAUUGUUUUCCCCAUAUAUUUCCUGUAAGGUAAGUUAUUCUAAUUGAUGGUCCCCAUAUUCGGACUUCUGUUUUAUAAACAAAAUCAAAUCAGGAAAUUAACUGACUAUUAGCAAGUACUAGCCCGCAAGGGCUACGGGCCAAUAGCCCAUGAGGCGAAGCCGAAUGGGCUAUUGACCGGUGUGG